AUAAAAAAACAUCGUUGUGUUGAAAACAUAAAGAGUGGAUAGAUAGACUGCAUAGAAGAAGAAGAAGAAGAUGGCAUUACGUUGUUCUUCUUCAGCUUCAGCACCGCCAUUCAUGUUCAACUCCAAUGUCGCUGUCAAACAAUCUUUUUCUUCAGUCUCAAUUUCCUUUACAAACCCUAAAUUUUAUCCCAGUAUUAGAAUUAACUGCCAUGCAGCCAAAUCUGUCAACAAUCAGAAAAGUUCUUCUUCGAAGAAGAAGAAGAAAAAGAAAAAUUCAGUGGUUGAAUUUGAUGGUUCAGAUAAUAGCAACAAGGAUUAUGAAGUUUUAAGGGAAUUUCCAGUGGAGGCUGCGGAGGCUGAUGUGCAAAAUUUUAGUACCAUUUUGGAUUCCCCAUUGAAAUAUGAUGAUGAAGAUAUGUUGUUGCCAAGGCCUCCCGCUGGUUUCUCUGUGGACGAUGACGGCGUUGUUUCCAUCACUUCCAACAAUAGAAUCGUCACUAUUAUUGAUCCUGAGAACAACCUUCCAUUGGAGUGUUUGAUUCGGAGAGUAUUCAAAAGCUCUGAGAGGGAGGAAUGUAUGUUGGUCUGCCCGGUCGACACGCCUAUGUAUAUAUUAAAGAACACUCCUGAUGGAAUGUCACCGAUCAGUGACGAGGAAGAAGUUGAAUCUAUUCUAGCUGUUGCAGCUUUUGCGCUGGCCAAGAUACACAUGCAUCUUGUUUAUAGCGGAUACUUCUACACUGCACGUGGCGGUUUUUGCUACACAGAACAAGAUAAAAUUGGAUUUCACACAGAUGAUGGUGAAGACAUUGAAGGCUUGCCAAGUGAUGGUGUAGGAAUUACAUAUUUUGAGUUGGAAGGUAGUACCUACCUAAUUUAUACAUCAUCUAAGCCACUUCAAUUUGUUGUUGUGAAGGGUGAAAAUGGAAUGUUUCAAAUGGCUGAUGAUGACUUAGUGGAAGAUUAUGCUGUAAUUGAUGCUAUAGAUGAGGAGUUUGAGUUCAAUGCAUUAGUGGUAGAAGAAGCUGCAUUUAUUGAAGGAAUGCUUGAUGAAAGUGAUAGUGAAAAUGAUAGUGAAAAUGAAAUCUAGUUAUUUUUGGCUGUAGAGCCAUUGCCAUGGUUUAGUUAGUAAUUGUUGUUUGAAAAGUAGAGAUAGAAUGUCCUAUAAAUUAGAGAUAGAAUAUACACUAUCAAUUUUGUAUAUCAAUUGUUGCUUAAGUUUAAUAUCCAUUGUUUAGCAAUUGCAUCCAAAACAAAAUAAAAUUGUCAUUAAUAUCACAA